GGCGGCCACUGUGCAGAUCAGACUCCUCUCGCUCACGCACAUCGCUCGGCUUCCUCUACAACCAUGUCUGACAAACCCGAUAUGGCUGAGAUUGAGAAAUUCGAUAAGUCGAAAUUGAAGAAGACAGAAACACUGCCUUCCAAAGAAACGACUGAAUAGGAGAAGCAAGCAGGCGAAUCGUAAUGAGGUGUGCGCCGCCAAUACGCACUGUACAUUCCACAAGCAUUGCCUUCUUAUUUGACUUCUUUUAGCUGUUAACUUUGUAAGAUGCAAAGAGGUUGGAUCAAGUUUAAAUGACUGUGCUGCCCCUUUUCACAUCAAAGAAUCGAGAACUACUGACAAGGAAGGCCGUGCCUGCCUCUCCCAUCUGCCUGUCUGGCUGGCAGGGUAGGAAAAGAACUUGCAUGUUGGUGAAGGAAGAAGCUGGGUGG